UACACUUUCAGGAAAAAAAGGUACAAAAGCUGUCACUGGGGCGGUACCCUUUUAAAAGGUAUACCUUUGUACCUAAAGAGUGCAUAUUAGUACUUCAAAGGUACAUAGUAGUACCAAAAGUGUACCUAAAUGGUACAUAUUAGAACCUUUUUAAAGGAUACCAUUCCAUCUUUUGUACCUUUUUUUCUGAAAGUGUAUGUUCAUAGGCAGAUAAAUUAACUAGGAAAAUACAAAGUCAGUUUGGCUUGAGAAAGACGUAUAUUUCUUGUGUUUUCCGUCGCACAUUUACAGUCUAUAAACAUACGUGAGGAAUCGAACCCCUAUACAGUUGUUUUGUGUGUUAUACUAUUGACGCUCACAAGUUUACUACCCUUUCACUGUGUGACAACAACAUGAACAUGAUGAAAGGUCAUCAAGGGCUCAAUAUAUACCUGCAGACGGAGCUAUAUAUAGCUGUAUAAACACUCUCUUCACUAAAGAUAAGAGCACCAUUCAGUGAACCAAGGUCAAAAAAUAGAGGCAUAUCUCUAAAAUUAAUGAUAAAAAAGCAACCAUGAGAGAGCAAUUCAGGAUAUCGGAAAAUUAAAUUAUAAUUGAUAAGACUGCUGACUUGGUAUCAGGAAUGUGUAAUCACACUUUAUAUUAGGUGGCCUUAACUAAUAUUAACUUAGCAAUAUUAGUGCGAUUUAAACUCUAACCCCUUAUAAUCCUAACCCUAAAACUACCUAACCAUAUACCUCAAAAUACCUCACUCAAUAGCAGUAAGUGUGGGAAUUUUCCAGAACAGAAUGUAGUUACACAGUAAAUCCAUAAUCUUGUAGGUAUUUAAUAUUAGUUCAUAAGACCAUCUAAUGUAAAGUGUGACCAAAUGAGUCUCCCACAGCAGGCUAACAAAUGUAAUUUUAAUACUGAUAUGCAUCAUGUCCCUUUUUAACUUUUUUAACAUGAUAUACAUCGUGUCCCUUUUUAACUUUAGGGUUUUUUUAAUCAAUGUGUCGAUCUCAAUCUGCUUAUUAUCUAUCCCUCAUAUAGGGGUUUGAUUUAGGAGGUUAUUUUUCUGUCUUUUUUUUUCUCUGACUAUUUUUCCUCAUACUGUCCUCUGAACUUCUUCCCCUCUCCUGAUUCUUUCUCCCCACCACAUCAGUAAAAUCCAUUUUGCAAAUGAUUCUUCACAGCCACAGGGACGGGAAUGAAGGUGCUAUUUUUAGCACUGACCAAGGGAGGAGAGAGAGUGAGGCGCACGGGAGAGGGCGAGCAAGCAAACAGGCAAGAGAGAAGGAGGGAGGGAGGGAGACAGGGGAGAAAAUCAUUAUUUUUUGUGUGCAACAGCAGUUGGAGGCUCUGAGCUGAAGCAGGGAGCGAAGGCAGCAACAGGGAAGAGGAGACGAGACGAGAGGAGUGGAGGAAGAAGAGAUCCACAGCAACGCCAGGCAGCCGAGAGACCCCUCUCAGUCAUGCGUCCCAGGUCCAGAUUACUGGCUAAACGGGGCCUCCCCACCAUCAGGGAGGGCUAUGAAGAGCUGGUGCAGGACCUGAACCAGACCAACAGCCAGCACACCACCACACAGGACUACUUCCUCUCCAUCUGCCAUCUGGCCCGGCCUACCUUCCCUCUGCAUGAGCCCGACUGUGACAUCCUCUCCAUCAGCCCUUUGGAUUCCCCAAAGCCCUGCCUACGACUGCACCGCCUGCGCCAGCAUCUGCAGCCUCCGCAGCCCCACACCUCCACAAGCAAUGACCAGACAGUUGAACAAGCCCAUAAAGAGAAAGAGACCACCAGAUCUGCUCCAUCAGAACCCCUGCAGGCCCAAGCCGCCCCAGAGGAGGACAACGGAUGUAGAGGUGACGUCCCCAGCCCUGCAGAUCCGCUGGAGUACCUCUACAGCCACAGAGGUGCUCUAGCUCUCCCCACCAGAAGGGGGAGCAUUCCUCCACGCCGGCCACGCAGCGACACCUUCCCACGCUGUUCCUCGGCACCUGACGCCCAGCGCAAGAGCAGCUGCCCAGAGCUUUGCCUGGCUGAGACAGUCACUGCAGCGACAGUCCUACAGCGGUCGCCGCUAAGCAGGAAGAAGCUGGACGACGGUGGCCUGGCUGCGCGCAGUGGCAUUUCCAACAAGCUCGACUGCGCCCCUGCUGGUUGGAGGGGAAAGAGCAGUCGCUGCAUGGACAAACAGACCAUAGUGUCCCACUGGAUCGCAGAAUGCCGCAGCGCUUGGAAGGAAGCCCGCAUUCGUGCGUGCAUGCUGCCCGCCAUUGCCGAGAAGUAAUCUGCUUGUGCGAAAAUCUCUUUCCAGUGAGGCUAAACAUCACGUAGAGUAACGUGGGUUAUUUUGGAAUUAUGACUUUGCACUUCAGGUUUAUAUGCAUAUACAUUUUUGGUGUAUUUUAAACCCGUAACCCUAUAGAUGGUGCCAUGUCGAUACCACACCAUAGUGUAGAGUUACCAUGAAUGUCAAUGAUAAGACUGAGUCAGUCCAGUAAUGUCCAGUCGUGAUCAAUAAAUGCAUUGAUUGUUGGAUGCCUUUAAAAUUGUUUAGUGACAUUUAAAGACUUAAAAUGUAUCAUCCCAACUGCAGUUCUAAUAUAAGCAACACAGUGUAGUUUAAAGGAUAAAAGGUACAGCAAUGCAUAAUAUUCACAGAUAAGAAUCUCAUUGUGUCCACAACAUUAUUUGGCUGGGACUUUUUUGAACACCCGGGUUUUAGCAAAUUUCCAUAUUAGGCAGCUACUGUGAUGCAGAAUGAAUAUGCCAUGCUUCCUUGAAAAAUUAUUGAACAUUUGAUGGCGUAUCUAAAAUUUUUGGGAAACAGGUUCAGCAAAAGAUCUGACUUGGAUUAGGGCACCUUUCUCAGAGGUAUUAUGUCCAACUAUUAUUUCUAUACAAUGUCUCAAACGCUUCUUAGUUCACUUUAAUAUAUUGGUAUUUACACAACAAGCUAUGAUAAUUCCAUCUUCUUACAACAAAGGCAAAAUUACAUAAGAUCAUGUUGAAAACAGCCAUUAUGUUUGUUUUCAGGCCCUUGUUUUGCAACUUUGUAACUGGAUAGUCUGGUUAAAGGAUAAAUGAUUAAAUGUCCUAGACAAAGAAUCACUUUUGUUCAACAACAAACCAUAAAAUAAAAAAAAGUCUGACCACAUCAUUUUGAUAUUCAGAUGUAUGGCAAAAGGCCAACGUAGAACUGCACUAUUAUCCUGUUAGACUGUUUGUACACAUCCAGAAAAUCUUGUUUUCUCUGCAUUAAUUUGGUGUUUCAGUAUUUUGAGAUUGUCUUACUGUUAAAAGAUUAAUUAGUACGGUUGCAUGUGAAUUUGUACAUUAUUUUGUAUUCAUGCAUAAGAAAUUUCUUUAAAUUAUUAUUAUGGAUGUGAUGAUUUGAGAGAAACUGUAUAUUACACUAUAUGAGAAAAGAAAAUCUGUUGUUUGUAAAUUUUCAGCAACCUUUUACUUUUUUUCCCACUUUUUUAAAUUAAUAAAAUGUCUGUGUUUUA